AUGCCAGCGCUCCUGGUCGACACAAGCACCCGCCCGGCCUCGUCCAGCGAUGCCUCGACGCGCUCCCACCACUCGGCCAACCGCUCAAAGUCUCCCACCCCAGACCGCCCCCCCGUGUCGCCUCUGACGCCCACACAAGCGGUUGCCCAGCUAGCUCCGGUGGAGCGCAGCGAACCUCGACCCCGCCCUGCCCCUCCGCCCACGGCCACCUUCACACCACAGCCGCCCUCGGUCGCCAUCGAUGAGACCGACAAUCCCGAUGCCAUUGCCCUGCGCUCCGCCAUAUCGCUCCUGCAGCUGCAGCGCGAGAAGAGUAAGCGCGACCUCAAGGCCCUCGAGGACCUCAAGGCCGCCGCCAUAGCCGACCCACAGGCCUUUGCCCGCUCGCUCCACCAACAGCGAGCCCAGCAGUCGCACUCGUAUCAGGACAUUCUUACGCCCACCCUAUCUGGCCUGGGCCAUGACCAAGGCGCCAGCAAUCCGGACGCUCCCAGGGACUCGACACGCAUGGACACAGAGUCCAGUGCCCCAAGGUUCCCUCCCAUUCCACAGCCGCAAAACGUUGUGCGAUGUCCCCCCAUCAACUGGGACAAGUACCACAUCGUCGGCGAACCACUUGACAAGAUGCAUGAAGAGCAAAAGAGGUGGCCGGGUUCGGCAGAGCCCCCACGCACAAAGGCCGGACACCGCGCACCGCCCCAUUCAGUAGCCGCGCCAUACUCGCCAUUCACAGACGGCAUCAGCGCUCGCGCAUCUUCAUCAUCGUCAGCAACACCGCCACAACCACCAAAAAACUCAAAAAAGUCUCCCUCGUAA